UGUCUUUAAAUGUAUGUUUAUUGUGCUGUAUUUGGGGUUUUUAUGUUAAUGAUCCUUUUUUAGAGUGGAUUUUUAAUUUUACUUCAUCAAACUUAACAAAUCUGUGGUGUCUGAAGUACAGGUUUAUGGAAUGUAAAUGGUCCAGAAAAAGCAAAGCCAGAAUUAAUUUGUUGAAAUGCAGUGCUUUUUUGCAGAACCUAAUUCUAGUUUGAUGCAAAAGUCCUCAAUAGUGGGUCCACUCCCCCAGUGGGUCCACAGGGGUACUGCAAGGAGGUCAGGACAUUUUUAAAUUUUACAUAUUUACAUGUUACAUAAGGACCGGAGGGUGUGUUCCAACUAUCAUCAUUGUAUAAAUCAUCUAUGUGAAAGUAGCUGAAUUAUUCAGGCUGUAGAUAGAUGACCUGUCACUCAAGUUAAAUAAAUAUUUUCCAAUAAAGUCAUCGUUUAUUUACACUGCACUUCUCACAGAUUGAACAUUUUAAAUGGUUUACAGUAAAAUUCUUCCCUCAGGUACAAACACAAUAAAUGCUCCAUGGUACAGUACUGCACCUUCAGCAUGUCAGAGCUGGACAAGGGCCAGUUUCUGUGACAGUCUGAAUGAUCUUUUGCUAAACACAACAUGUGUUGUUUUUCAGUGAUCAAGGCCAAGGUAGUUGGAGAGGAGACUGUUUAUGAUGGCACAUUUCCUGUUUCCAUCAAAUAUAUCAUCAAGAAGCCCAAGAUCUUUAGGGGAGAAUGCCAGGAAGUCGAUGCUGUCUUCACCCCGUACUCCUCAGCAACAUGUGGAGUACGUCUGCAGACUGGCACCGACUAUCUUCUCUCAGGCUACAUGGAUAGUGAUGGGAUGCACAUCUCACUGUGUGGGUUUAACGUACCAUGGAACAGCCUGACUGACACUCAAAAGCUGGGUGUGACUCAACACUACGAAAAAGGCUGUGAAUGCACGAUUCAGACCUGCUUCACGCUGCCCUGUGAGAGCUCAGACCCACAGAUGUGUGUGUGGACCGACAUGGUGUUUGGUGUUCAACAACAGGCCGAUCACUCCUCCUGCAUCAAGAGGGAUGAUGACACUUGUGCCUGGUACACUAGUCCACAACAGACGUAGACACGGGUUUAACUCCAUCAGUUGGUACACUAGUCUAAGGUCUGAUUGGUUUGUUUAUGAACGGGGCUUGAACACAAUUAUAAACUGGUGGCAGGAUUCAUUCUUCACUCUUUUGAUUUACAUUAUCAGCACUUUUCCAAAGAUCGUGACUGAUAUUGAAACCACUUUGUGUUCAGCUACUUCUUGAGCAGCUAACAAUAUGAGAACAAUAAUGAUAUUAAUAGAAAAGAAAAGAAUGUGUUCCAAGUUAUAAUUGUGUUGUGUUAAAAAUGGGUGCCAUUAUAGUAAAAUCUUUAAAUGAAACAACCAAUGAAUAUUUUCUUAUUGUUACAGAUAUUUUUAAGUGUUGAAAAUCAUUUUCUACUGUCAGGUUGAUGUUAUUUCUCGCCUGGCCUGCUUUGUCUACCUAUUUUAGGGGAAUUAAAAUAAUUUUGCUUCUUUUAUUAUAGAUCAUGAGGAACUUGUUGAGACUAAUACAUUUAAUGUUGCUGAUUCCAAAAAAAUAUAUGUUUUACGCUUGGUUUUCAUUUGCUUUGAGUUGAC